AUGCCUCGCAAGAAGAAAUCAUCAAAUCCACUUCCGCAAAACAACACUCAUGCUCCUUUUGAUAAGAUAUUAGACAAUCUGAGAAAAUCUGGGUUUUCUUCCUCUGAACCGAUUGCUGAAGAAGAUGAACUGGUUACCCCUCCACCACAUUUGGUGCACCCAUCUAGUGGUAUGAUAUCUAGAGGUGAUCUGAGGACUCUAGAAAGAUCAAUCAGAGGUUCGAUUGCUCAAUCCCAAGCUCAAUCCAAUGGAACAAUACCUAGGGUUUCUGCGGUUACUGUUCCAUUGGUGUCUAGUCAAAAUCAGAGCCCGAUAAUCCCUUGUGUUGCUGUUCCUGAAGCUCCUGGGGAUUCUGAUGGCUCGAAUCAUGUUUCUGAAGCCCCUUCUGAAGGGUGGAAGGAUUUAUUCAAGGGGAAGCUCAAUGCUAAAGGUACUUCUCUGUCUUUUAUUGCCCCUGAGAUCAGAGAUGGAAAAUCGAUUGCUAAGCUUAGCUCUGUUGAUAUUUAUGAGGGUAACAAGAGAUGGGGUAAUGCUAUUAUUUUCUAUGUUGUUGGUUAUUCUCCUACUAUUUCUGCAGUUCAUAAGUUUGUAGCUGAUAAUUGGAGUAAUAUUGCUAAACCUGACAUAUUUUGGCAUGAUGAGGGUUAUUUUAUAAUCAAUCUGAAAUCAAUUGAUGAUAAGAAUGCUAUUUUAUGUUCUGGACCUCACAUGUUCUUUGGUAAACCAGCCAUUGUUAAAGCUUGGUCUGAUAAAUUAGAUUUUCAUGCUGAAAUAUUGAGAACUGUUCCUUUAUGGAUUAAACUUCCCAAUUUACCAUUGAACUGCUGGGGUGCUGAAACUCUAAGUAGAAUUGGCAGCCUUCUUGGUGUUCCAGUAUGUGCUGAUGAGUGUACCUCCAGACAAUUGAGGGUUUCCUUUGCCAGACUUCUUGUGGAAAUUGAUAUUACUAAGGCUCUGCCUAAUUCUCCUCAGCCUGUGAGAAAGAAGCAAAUAGGUGAUCCAAAGGCCACUCAGACUCAGGCUAAGAAAGUUUGGGUUCCUAAGAAGACUCAAGCUCUUGCUGAGGUUACUAAGGUUCCUGCUCUUGUUAAAGAAGUUACCCCAACACUUCAGAAUCACAAUAAUGAUGAGUGGCAAAUUCCAGACAAGAAAUCCAAGAAGAAAGCCAAUAGACAGAUAAACUUUCAAGUUUCCAGUUCCAAUACCUAUCAACCUUUAACUUUGGACUCUAAUGUGGCUGGUGUGAGGAAGCUGCUUUCAGAUCAGAAGUGUGAUUUUCUUUGCCUUAUUGAAACUAAAGCAAAACAACAUAAUUUUGUUAAGAUUCAGAAGAAGUUUGGAGUUGCUUGGCCUUGGUUUGCUAAUUAUGCUAACUCACCAGGAGGCAGAAUCUGGAUAGGUUGGAAAGUUGAUCUUCUUAACCUAACUGUUUUGUCUUCACAAGAACAGUUAGUUCAUUGUUUGCUUACUACAAAAGAUCUGCAAACUCAAAUCUUCAUCACUUUUGUGUAUGGGUUACAUACUGUCCAGGAUAGGCUACCUUUAUGGGCUGGUCUUAGACAGCUGACUGGUUUUUCUGGAGCUUGGUUAUGUGUUGGUGAUUUUAACUCUAUCCUUUCCUGUGAAGAUAGAAUUAAUGGGGCUAUGGUCACUAACUAUGAAACCAAGGAUUUUCAAAAUCUUAUUGAUGAUUUAGCUUUGUCUGAAAUCAAGAGUAAGGGUUCCUUCUUCUCUUGGUGUAACAAAGCUCAUAAUGGUUCUAGGACUUAUUCUAGGAUUGAUAGAGGUAUUGUUAAUCAGGAUUGGAUAGAUGCCUAUGGGCAUGUUGAAGCUAUUUAUUUGCCCCCCUCUCUUUCUGAUCAUAAUCCUGUUCUCCUUGAUAUCUUCCAUUCUCACCUGGGCAAAGGGAGACCUUUUAGAUUUCUCAAUUGCUUGGCUAAUCAUGACGUUUUUUUGUCUGUAGUUGACUCUGCUUGGCAAUGCUCUGUUACUGGUAGUGCAAUGUAG